AUGGAAAAACUAUUCAAAAACCGAGAGUUGAAUGCUAGUGUAAGAAUUGUGAAAAGUGGCGAGGAUGUACUGUUCUACGCAAGAGAUGUGGCAGAAUCACUAGGGUACGCCGAUCCUAAAAAAGCAGUCCAGAAACUAGUUAGAAAGCAAAAUAAGGCAAGCGUAUACGAGCUAUGCAAGGGGGGCGAUUCGCCCCCCUUUGAAAAGUGUCACCCACAGACAAUCUUACUUUUUGAACCUGGCUUGUACCAGCUAAUAUGUAGCUCAAGACUUCCAAUAGCGGAGGACUUUCAGGACUGGGUGUUUAGAGAAGUCCUCCCAUCUAUCCGGAAAACGGGAUCAUAUAAUUUACCAGAUAGGAGGUCACUUAAAUACAACCAAAUGAUUCUCAUAAAUGAGACGGACCUCCAUUACGCAGUUGUGAGCUACAUCAGGGACAACUACCCAGAGGCCGUAAUAAUACCUGGUCUAGGUGAGUAUCAGGAUACAGUGUCGAAGAGGUGUGAUGCCUGGAAGAAGGGAUAUAGGAGUGGUCAACCUGAUCUUAUCAUAGAGAAUCCUAAAGGAAAGUACAGAGGAUUUGCUAUUGAAUUUAAGUCUCCAAAGGGAACAGGAGUUUUAAGUGAGAGGCAGCAACUGUGGCUUGUAAGACUAAGGAGUAUGGGAUAUGAUACACUAGUGUCAGAUGAUAUAGUGAAAACUUGUAUCAGAAUCAACGAGUAUUUUGGCAUAGCCGAUACUGACGUAGUCGGUACUUCCUCACUUAGGAAACCAAGAAAAGUUGCAACGAAAAAUCCUAUAUGCAGCGUAAAGACUUACAGACCAAGGUUUAGUUCAGGUAAGUACUAA